UUUAGUAAUCUUGGCACGCCGGUGUGCCAACCACUAGGGGCUUUGCGCUAAGAGGUUAAGACAGCUACCGUUUUCAAAGGCACCUCAAAGACUGUGCAAAAUGAACUUUUGGACUGCAUGCUGUCAGUUCCUAAAGAUCACAUUCUAGAGGAAGUAAAAAAUGCCGAUUAUCUUGCUAUUCAGGCAGAUGAGACAACUGAUAUUUCCACCCACUGCCAGUUGGUGCUUGUGCUACGGUACAUCGACAUUCAUAACAACGUCCAAGAGCACAUUUUCGAGUUCAUCCCUCAUCAGAAUGCAACCGCUGACACAAUCGCCACAGCGCUGUUGGAGAAGCACUAUUCUCCCUGAGGGACAAGAGAGCAGACUAAUCGCCCAGGCCUAUGACGGAGCUGCCAUGAUGAGAGGAGCCACAGGUGGAGCGCAGCGUAAAGUAAAGGAUGUCUACGGAAGUGCACACUACGGCCACUGCUAUGUGCAUCAGUUGAACCUCAUCAUGCAGCAGGCAACAUCACAUAUCCCCAGGAUCAGUACUUUUUUUUCAGACCUUGGUGAAUUUGCUGCAUUCUUCUCCCGGUCAUUCAAUCGAAUCACCGUGCUUGAUCAAGUGGUAGCAGACUUCCCGGAACUUCGACAACAAGGUGGAACUUCCACAGUCGUGCUGUUAACACUGUGUAUGAGCACAAUGAUGACCUCCUACGGUGUUUCCAGACUAUCAGAGACUCAGGGACAUUCCUUCUCUGCAUGGGGAAUACAGUGGAUCUGUGCAGCAGCAGCCCACAAAGAAACUAGGACAAGGAGAACAACAGCGGUUGGCUACAGAGGUAUGUGAUACCAUUUUGAGUCAUGCCAAGGAGCGGUUCUCUUUCACCAAGCACCUCAUCAGUGCCACUCUGUUGCAAGGAGACAUGUUCCCGGAACACACCAUAAAGUUUCGGAUUCAGCGCUGGAAACCACAGUGCAGGCCUACCCCAUGUUGAACAAGGCCAAGCUCAAAACAGAACUAUCCCUGAUCUAUGAGAACGACAAGGUCAAGGCUUGUAGUGGUGCACUGACUCUGUUCAAGUUUUUCAUGGAGAACAACCUUCAGGGAACAUUCACCGAGACUGUCAGUCUUCUCAAGAUUCUCAUCACCACAUCCAUGACAACAGCAGAAUCAGAGAGGUGCUUCUCUACUUUAAAGAGGAUCAAGACCUUCCUGAGGAACACCGUGAGACAGGAUUGCCUGAAUGCUCUGGCUAUGCUGUCCAUGGAGAAAAAAAUUAUCAGAAACAUUCCUGACUUCAAUAAUAGGGUCAUUGAGAGGUUUGCCCCUCAGAAGGACAGAAGGGCAAAAUUCCUGUACAUUCCUGUAUAAAUAAGAUAGUCAGACACACACACACACAAGUUUUCCUGACCCGGUUUUUCUUAGUAUAUAGUUGAAUAUACACUCACCGGCCACUUCAUUAGGUGACAGGAGUGGCACCCAGUGUGGUCUU